UAUUUUCUCUUUCUAAAUUUUAGAGAAAGACUAUCUUCAUUUUCUCUUUCUUUUACCUGGUUUUUUGAAAUUAAGCAAAAAGAAAAGGUGUAUUUCCAAUUACCUAAAGUGUUAUUCCCAAAUCUCUGGACUUGAUUAGAAUCACCGGCUUUCUGUCAAUCAAAUCUUUGAUAAACACCAUAGACCAUAAUGACUACUCCUGAAUUACAUGCCAAUACCUCAGUAGGAAAAGGCAAGCGCAAAACCAAAGGAGUCAAACUUGCUCUUCAAACGUUCCUAAACGAUCAGGCUGAAGCACCUUCCGGUUAUGCUGUUGCUAAACCUUUAAAUUGGGCUGAUGAUGAGGAUGACGAAGAUGAGGAAAAAUAUUAUGAUAAUAAAUCUUCUUCAAAUAAAGUGAUUCUACCUACCGUUCCUAAAUCAAUUCGAACUCCAGAUUUUGAUGUAUCCAAAGUACCCGAUAGACCACCUUACAAAGCUUAUCUUGGUAAUCUACCAUAUGAUGUUACCGAAGAGGAAAUAAUGAGAUUUUUUAAAAAACUUGCGAUAACCAAUGUUACAUUGAUUAGAGAUGGUGAUCGUGGUAAGAUCAAAGGGGUAGGAUUUGCCGAAUUCGAAGAUAAAGAGAGUCUUAUUGAAGCUCUUCAACAAAAUGGCGACUCUCUAAAGAAUCGUUACAUUCGAGUCUCUCUAUCUGAAGAUAAUGAUAGGCCGUCAAGAGGUGGUUUUGGAAGAGAUCGUAAUGACGAUCGUGAAGAUAGAACAGCUGGAGAUUGGAGAUCUGGUGCUCGAGAACGUGAUCAACCCUUAUUGUCUCGAAAUGGUAGUGAUUAUCAACAGCCUUAUGAGUCACAAACUUACAGAGGCAGAUUUAGUUAUGAUAGGAAUGAAAGACGUAGUGACGGAUGGAGUGAGCGAAGUUCAUUCCAAAGAGGUGAUAGAGAUUUCCGUGAUCGUGACAACAGAGAUUUCCGAGAUCGAGAUAAUCGAGAUUUCCGAGAUCGAGAUAACCGAGACUUUCGUGAUAAUAGAGAUCGAGACUUUGGUAGUGGACGUGGAGGUGGAGGUGGAUUCCGGGAUAGAGAUGGUUAUCGUGAAGAAAGAGGUGGCAGUAGUUUUGGUUAUGAUAAUAGGAGAGACCGAUACCGUGACAAUAAUCGUGACUAUCGUGAUAGGAGUGACAGAAGUGACAAGAACAGUGACAUGGGUGAUCGACCGUCCAGUCGAAAAUAUGAUUCUGGUUUUGAACCAAGAAGCUCUCGCCACUCACCAUCAGCUCUUUCCACAGAUUCAAAAAGUAAUGAUGACACACCAAAAGAAAGACCUAAAUUAAAGCUACAACCUCGUUCUAAACCAAUUGAAAGUGAAACUCAAGAAGUUUCAAACUCUGCGAUAUUUGGCGGUGCCAAACCAGUAGAUACCGCAGCUCGUGAACGAGAAAUCGAAGAGAAACUCGCCAAAGGCGAACCUAAAGGAGAAUCAGUAAGAGGCGAAUCCAAGGGCGAAUCCAAGGCAGAAACAAAAGGCGAAUCCAAAGGUGAAGCUAAAAUUGAAUCUAAAGGCGAACCAAAAGAAGAAUCCACUGAAGAAUCAAAAGGAGAACCUAAACUUAGCAGCAAAUAAUUCGAUUACAGUAAAAAUGCAUCAAUUUCUAAUUAUAUACACAUACACACACUCACAGAGAUUACGAGAGGAGAGAGAGAGAGAGAGAGAGAGAGAGAGAGAGAGUGAGAACAAGGGGUGAGUAUGAGAGAGUGAGAAAGAAAAAUAACCAACAGAUAAUGAAAAAUUGAACAACAUAAUUAAGCUAAAAACUUGUAAAUUAAAGACAAGUCUAAUUAUUUAGAACUUAAUCAACAUGUUGGAUAGGCAAAGAUAAAUUUCCUUUUUGGUGAAUUUGUAUUAAAACUAAAACCUUGCAGACCUUUUUAUUGUAACAGGAAGUUAAUAAAAAAAAACUCACAAUAACAUUACAAAUCUGACAAGAAUAUAAGAUUGAUUCUAAAAUGUAUCAAUGAAUUUAA